CAGCAAUUAACGCCUAAAUAAUUCAAAUUUAACCUUACCUGUCCAUUAGUCUUGGCCGCAACCGCUGCGCCUUCGCCGGGCUUCUCCACUGCAGCUUCCUCUUUUCCUUUGGAGAUUUGUGCACCCAUGCUUCUUUUGGUGGUCCAACAAAGGAACCCAAGCGACGAAAUGAAUGAACAAAGACCGCAACGCUUCCUCCGGCGAAAAGCAAUCAAACUCCACCACUUCCUUCAACAAGCGACGCAAAUACUGCACCCGAGCGGACGUGCGCAAGCCUUUUGGCCGGGAAAACGUGCUUAAAAUGUGGAGAAUAAACGCGAAAUCUCGUCCCCCCCCUUUCUUUUUUUUUUUUUAGGUCGAGCGGAGUUUGGGAAGCGGAGAAAUUGGCCCCGUCGCAAAUGAGAUGCGGGAGUACAACGCCCAAGUCGGCAGAUGAAUGGGCGCUCGGUUGGUGACGUCACGAUCGGCCAAUCACAAGUCGGCAAUCCAAACGGGCGCGAGGGGGGGCCAUCUUGGAGCGGUAGGAGGACAAUAGGAGGCACAACAACAUGGCCAACAACUUGUUUUCAUGUCGACUUCCCCUCAAUUUCCUUGUAAUCUGGACGCUCGUUCGUUGACUUUACCGAGUCUUCAAAGGAAGCAAUGAAACGAUUAAGUGGGAAGACAAGGCGAAUAUUUGAGAACUAUUUAUGCAUAACACAAGUCAGGCUAGGGGCUCAUACUACUAGCAUUUAUCAUUCAAAUUCAGGCUAACUUUAUGAGUCAGAAACAAGCAAUCGCGUCAAAUACACAACUUAACUUUUACAUUAGUUCAUCUGGUCUACAUUCAUAUUCAAUAUACAUUCAAUUAACUACUCACAGUUUGUCCACUUAUAACAGCUACUUCCUAGUUCAUGUAUCAGGAAGUAAACCGCUAAAACACAAAUACUGAACUCCCACUUCUGGGAACAAUUUGGACUUGCCGGAAGCCAUUGCAUGGGAAGAAAAGGUGAUUACUUCAGAAAUAUUUUGCCUCUGUAGGUACACAACACAAGAUAGGCCUGCUCCUGCAUUUAGCGAUCAGUUUGGUUAACUUAAUUAGUUGAAAACAUAUCCAAUCGACAGUUGCAAAUCUAUUGCAUUUGGUUGUUUGUUUGGUCUAUAUUCAGCUUUAAUGUAUAUGCAAUUGAACAAUUAAGCCAAAUUUCACCAUAAUUUGACCAUUUAUGACACCUGCUUCCUGGUUGCUGUACCUGGAUGGAGUUUGCUAGCUAAAAAUGAAGAUAUACACACUUUUGCUGAGGCCAACAGCUGGAGCUUCCCAGUGACCCACAUCUAACGGCCCGCUGCUCACGGCCUGACCCAGCAAGCAUCGCACUGCUCGGCCUCUACCAUGCAGCUACGCACAGCCUCCUCCUGCUGCCAUCACUAUGUGACCCACAUCUCCAUGGUAACAAGUUCAAAAUGGCCGCAAGGAUGAGGGACCGGCCCCCAUCGAGGGCUUUGGCCUUCACCGCUCACAGAGGAGAGAGGCCACUGGUGAGAAACCUAGAGAAUGGGCUGCGUCCAAUGUAAGGAUAAAGAAGCAGCUAAACUCACCGACGAGCGCGACGCCGGCCUCUCGCACAACUCGGGCUACCGCUAUGGCUCCGACCCCACGCCGCAACACUACCCCCCCAGCUUCGGGGUCACCACCAUUCCCAAUUACAACAACUUCCACAGCACCGCCACACAGGGGGUCACCGUCUUCGGAGGGGUGCACUCGUCCUCGCAGUCGGGCACGCUGCGUUCCCGAGGAGGAACAGGGGUGACGCUGUUUGUGGCUCUGUACGACUAUGAAGCGAGGACUGAUGAUGACCUCAGCUUCAGGAAAGGGGAGAGGUUCCAGAUCCUCAACAGCACAGAGGGAGACUGGUGGGAGGCCCGCUCUCUUACCACAGGUGGAACUGGUUACAUUCCCAGUAAUUAUGUCGCUCCGGUGGACUCCAUCCAAGCUGAGGACUGGUAUUUUGGUAAAUUAGGCCGCAAGGAUGCAGAGAGACAACUGCUUUCCAACGGCAAUGCCAGAGGCACUUUCCUCAUCCGAGAGAGUGAAACAACCAAAGGGGCCUACUCCCUGUCCAUCCAGGACUGGGAUGACAUCAAGGGAGAUCACGUCAAGCACUACAAGAUCCGAAAACUGGACAGCGGAGGUUACUACAUCACCACAAGAGCCCAGUUUGAGACGCUGCAGCAACUGGUGCAGCAUUACUCUGCGAGGGCGGCGGGGCUGUGCUGCCGCCUCAUCGUGCCGUGCCACAAAGGCAUGCCCCGUCUCACCGACCUGUCCGUCAAAACUAAGGAUGUGUGGGAGAUCCCACGGGAGUCGCUGCAGCUCAUCAAACGUCUCGGCAACGGGCAAUUCGGAGAAGUCUGGAUGGGCACAUGGAACGGCACCACCAAGGUGGCGGUGAAGACCCUGAAGCCGGGCACCAUGUCGCCCGAGUCCUUCCUGGAGGAGGCUCAGAUCAUGAAGAAGCUGCGCCACGACAAACUGGUUCAGCUUUAUGCCGUGGUGUCCGAAGAGCCCAUCUAUAUAGUCACCGAGUACAUGAAUAAAGGUAGUUUGCUUGACUUCCUCAAGGAUGGAGAAGGACGAGGACUCAAGCUUCCAAAUCUGGUGGACAUGGCGGCUCAGGUUGCGGCUGGCAUGGCGUACAUUGAGAGGAUGAACUACAUCCACAGAGACCUUCGCUCUGCCAACAUCCUGGUCGGAGACAGUCUGGUGUGUAAGAUUGCUGACUUUGGUCUGGCCAGGCUCAUCGAGGACAACGAGUACACAGCGAGACAAGGUGCAAAGUUCCCCAUCAAGUGGACCGCACCUGAGGCGGCGCUGUAUGGAAAAUUCACCAUCAAGUCGGACGUGUGGUCCUUUGGCAUCCUGCUGACGGAACUGGUGACCAAGGGUCGGGUGCCCUAUCCAGGCAUGAACAACCGUGAGGUGCUGGAGCAGGUGGAGCGUGGCUACCGCAUGCCGUGCCCGCAGGACUGCCCCAUGUCCCUGCACGAGCUCAUGGUGCAGUGCUGGAAGAAGGACCCGGAGGAGAGACCCACCUUCGAGUACCUGCAGGCCUUUUUGGAGGACUACUUCACUGCCACUGAGCCUCAGUACCAGCCGGGGGAUAAUCUCUGAGUCACUUCUCCAACUGUCCACCAGAGGGAGCCAGACAGGACAGCCGCUAUUGUCUCUUUCUCCUCUUGACGCUCAUCUGCGUCCAAGCCUCAUUAGACACACACACACACACACAAACGCACAUGCACACAAACACACACACACCCAGGCAAGGUGACUAUCAAAUCAGGAUGCUCUGGAGAAGGAGUGGCGUUCACUGACCGGGAUGCAAACGAUGAGCUGUGUAAGUUGUAUGUAGUGUAAAUACAAAUUGCUUGUUUACUUACUUCUGUUGGUUCCAUUUGACAUUAUACUUUUGAUAUUUUGGGGAAAUGUGCGGCUUUCCUUUUACUUUUAAUCCAAGUUAAUCUGAGGCUUGUAUUGUAGGAAAGCUCAUAGCUAGAUAUACUGGACUAAUAUUAUGAAAACAUUAUUAAUAAUAAUAUUAAUAAUAAUAUUAACAUUAUUGUAGGUCUCUGUCCGACGAAAGUAUGUAUCUCCAUUUUUGGAUCUGUUGUGAGUAAAAAAAAAAAAAAAAAAAAAAAACAUAAAUAAAUAAAUAAAUAAUACAAUUUCUGUAAUUUUUUUUAAUGCUAAAAAUUUUUUUGUCAUGUUUUCUGAAAAUGUAAAUGUUUUUUGCCUUGCCAAACACAAAGAAAAAAUAGUGUUGGUUGUUUUUCAAUGUAACAUUUUUUAAUUUUCAUUCAUUUUAAUCUGUUUUUUUUUUUACCUAAAUGUGGUAUUUUUUAAAUUUAUGUAGUACAAUUUUUCUUUUCUUUUCAUUUAAUUUAAUUAAAAAAGAAAACAAUUUCCACGUAUGGCCUUUUUUAUCUCCACAUAUUUAGAAUGAUAUAUAACUUUAUAAAAUGGAGAUACAUGCUUUUGUUGAACAGUGAAAACAUCCUGAAUAAUAGUAUUAAUUACUAUUAAAAUCAUUUUGUGGGAGUACAGUCCAUGGAUUUUUUUUUUUUUUUUUUUUUAGCACAAAUUGACUAGAGUAUAAUGCUACCGCUCCUCCUCUCAAGGAAACUUUGAUGUACUAUAACACCUGUUCUUGCCUUUUCCUCUUUAGUAAGUACUCUUCUAUUGUAAGGGAAUGCCUUCUACUUGCUUUCUAACUAAUUGCCUAAUGAACUCUUCCACCGAUGCGGAGUGCAUCCAUUGCAUUUCAGCUUCAUGAAUUUUGAGGAACAUCCAAAUGUCUUUCACUUGCAAGCAAAAAAAAAAAAAAAAAGAAAAAAGUGCAGUGUCAUGAUAUUAAGACAUGUUCCGGACCAAACAUGUUUCCACGGUUUCAGAGAGUCUUUAUGCAUUUUUUGUUUUUUUUUGUCUCUGUGUUAUUAUUAUUAUAUUAUUUAUUGUCUCUGUCUAUUACCUGUACAUGCUUUGAAAUAAACAGCCUUGCCAUCUUGAA